ACUUUUACCGGUGGUUUGCUGAUGUUUGGCGUUUGCUGUCGUCAUUUACGUUUUUCCAACGCUUUUCCAAACACUAAGUUUUUUCUUGUUUUAUAUUAUCUCUAAAAUGUGAUUUCUCUACACUAUCUAUUAAUUGUUAUUGUGUCUCGUUACACGUGCGGCGGAAAAUAUUUCAACUACAAGGUAUAUAAAAAUCUUCAAAUAUGACGGGAAAAGCAUAUACAAUGCAGGAAAUGAAGCAGAUAGUCGACUACAUAUUGGAACAUCGAGCCUACAAUGAAGUAAAAGGAAGGAAAAUGUGGAUGGACUUUGCAAACUCAAAAAUGACUAACAGAUCAUGGCAAAGUAUGAAGGAAACAUUCUUGAAGCGUAUUCUCCCGGAUAUACAUAAUCCUUACUACAAGUUAACUAUGGUUCAAAUCGCCAGUUUUAGAGAAGGACAAGAUGUAGAGAAGAGACUGAAAAAUAAACUAGAAGUUCGGGAAGCAGAUACUGAAAACAUUUCUAAUGGGAAUACUAAUAAUGACGGACAUAGCAGUUCAGAUAAGAAUACAGAAGGCAAAGACAAAGGUGAGGGCCAUACAAAUUCCAAAGCUGAUAGAGAUUCCACAGAGACAAUAGUUCUUACCAACUGCUAUGAAACAGCAGAAGACAUAAAAAGAGACUUGAUGACUCCGGAUGAAGAAUUAAAUGACAGUACUAAAAAAUUACGAGAUUUAAUAGAAUUUGAGCCCAUGACACCAGAUGUCCAGAGACUUAUAGAUGACUUUGUAUCAGAAGAUGAGGGCUCAGAUGGAGAACCAAGGAUGCAAAUUGAUCUGGAAGACAGAGGCAAAGUUGGGGAUGCAGAAGAGCCAAUAGCGCUCUCCGACACGGACGAAACAAACAUUGAUCAAUCAAAUAAUGAUAACAAUAAUUCAGAAAAAGAACCAGCAAAUAAGCCAGAUAAUAAUUCUGAAAAUAAAGAUAACGCACAAGUUGAAAAAGUUGAUAGUAGUAGUAAAGAACCAGAAAAAGAUAUACCAAAUGUUACUACAACUGAACCUGUUAAGGAAAAAAGUAAAAGCAUUUUAAAUACGUCUGAUUCUAUUACAUCAACACAUUCAACAAUGCCAGAUUCAAUACUACCCAAUAAUCAAGAAGAACUUAAUAAUACAGAGAAAACAAACAAAAAACAACUGUCACUUAACAAGAAUGAUAAGAAUUUAAAAUUGUCAAUAUCAAAUGAAAAUCAAGAUAAAAAAUCUCCAGCGAAACGUAAGAAUGAUCGUAUAAAUUCAAUUUCAAGCACUAACAGCGAGAAAAGAGAACACAAAAAUGCAUCGAAAAAAUCCAAAAUGGCAGAUGAGGAGGUAAACAUGGUUGUAGAAGCACCAGCAGUACCAGAGGUGUCCAAAGAAGAUAAUAUUGCAGAAGAUGAGUCAGCUCAAUCCCAAAAUCCCUGUCUGCAAAGUGUUAACUUGUAUAAUGAAACAAUAGAUGAUGCUAAACACAGUGAAUCAGAUGAUACUAUAAAGUUGGUAAAUGAGAAACCCAGCACAAGCAAACAAGCCGACACCACAAAGCCACCACCCAAAAAUGAUGUUGUUGUUUUAAAAUCUCAUUCGUCUAGCUCGAGUCUUUCUGAUCGGGAACGGAGGAGGUUCCUAAUAGAUUCUAAACGGUACAAAGAUCAUACUUUAGCAAAUGUUUUUGGAUUUAAAUCUGGUGCCAUUCGUCGACGUAGCAGUCAUAGAAAACGGUCAAUCUCCCAGAGAACAUAUGACAUAAGUUCGGGAUCCAGCGAUUGGACAUCGGAGUCGGAGUACGUGACGCCGCCCAGGGGCCGCCGGAAUAAACACGCCAAGAAGUAUCUGAAACCGAAAUCGAGCCGCGUGAGGUCGCUAGAGAAGAAUGGUGGUCUGUUCGUCGUGUAUAACAACAGGAUCUACCCGCUGGUCAAGGAUGGGAAAGUUGUCAAAAACUACCUCAACUAUGCGUCCGAUGACGAAUCUGAUGGUGACAGGAAAGCGUGGAAAAGAAAGUAUUUGGAGGAAAAGAAGAGAGCUGAGGAACUAGAAAGGUUACUAUGUCGCGUGCAGGAGAAGAUUAGAAAAGAAGAAAGAGCAUCAGAAAUGGUUGCAUGCUCUUCGACAUGUAACACAUUAUCGAAAACAAAGGAAAAUAAAGCACAGCAUCCUCCACAAGAUUCAAAUAGUAAAGAGGAGGUCAAACAAGAAGCAGAAAACAAAAGUGUAAAAAUUAAGUUCACCAAAAACAAUGAGGAAGUGCAACUGGAAGGUCCCCUAUCUCACAUUACCCCGGCGUUGGCGCAAGUUAUGCAGUUGCUGCAGAAAUCCGAGCCAGAUCGGCCCAGUCCCAGAUCCAAUGUGUCGGCACCCAGAAGAGAAAUCACUCCGUCACCGGUUGCGAUCAGUGUUGAGGAUGUACAUGAAAAAGUUAACAAAAUUGAGAAUGAAAUUUUCAAGGAAAUAGAGGAGCAUGAUAAAAAUGAAAGUCUGGUCAACACAGAAGACAAAUCGUCCGACAGUAAUGUUACAAAAAGAAGCGCUUUAAGAAGAAGAGCACAAUCCUCAACAAGUGUCAGUCCAAGAGACGUUACAAAAAAGCCAAAAGUGGAUAAAGAAGAAAAAGCACAGAAGAAACAGGAGACACCACAGACUGACACAGAGACUGUUAGAAAGACAAGGAGUUCUAGAACACCGAGAAAAAUUGCUAAUGAGAUUUCGAAAACAGAGAGUAAUAUUAGCAAAAAGUCAAUCAAAGCUAAAACCACUGAAGUGCCGGAAGAUACUGCAAUAGGAACUCAAGAAACUAACGACGAUUCAGACAUAAAAUAUAAGUUCCCUUCGCCCGCGCCGACUGAGAAAAAUACCCAAGUCAGAAACACUAGGAAAUCUCAAAAAAAAUCUAAUAGGUACUCAAAAACAAUGGGAAGUAAUAUAUCAUGCUCGUCUGAAAGCCUGCAAAGUUACCAGGAGUCAGAGGCGAGUCCACCGAAAGUUAUUGUGAGGAUAAAACCGGGCUGUCCAACCUCAACACAAAAUCAGACUGAUAAAUUCCCACCGAUAAAUUAUAUGACUGAUGAAACGGAAUCCAGCAAUAGUUUUCCAGAUGUGAAACAGACACUCACCUUUCAUAACUCUACAUUGUCUGAAGCGUAUAAAUCUGAUUCCUACCAGCUCCUUAUGCCUAUAAAUACUUCGAAGACUAACAAACGAUUGGAAGUUUCUAAGCAAGAUAUGAGCUUCGCUGGCAAAAUGAACGGAACGUCUCGUAAUCUCGAAAAUGAUGAUGGUCAGAGUUCGAGUAACAUAUCUCCACCCACAUCACCGGUGCUGUCUAUAGUAGAGAACUUAUCGAUAAGUAGAUCUCUGUUGACCAGUGCGGAUGACUUGCAGACCGAUGAGAUGGACCAACUGGAAUCUGAUCAUAUAACACUAAACAAACUGAUGAAAUCGGACGAAAAUUCGCCCAAACCGCUCAUGGAGCAGGACUGCAGGUUCGAUUCUGACCACAACGACGGAGUAAACUACCAUUAUAAUAUACAAGUGGAAAAUAGCACUCUCACGCCUACAUCUCAGUCGCUAGUGAAAAAACUGAACACGAUCAGCCUGAGAGAUUUUAAUGUUACCGACACGGUCUAUGUGCGACUAGAGAAGUUGAAACUCGACAGCACAAAGAAAGGUGAUAAAAAAACUACCAAAGAAAAGGAAAACAAAGCAAAAGCGGAAGAAACGAAGAACGAAAAAGCUAAAACAAAGAAACGUAGCUCCACGCCCCGAAGAAAGGAUAGUACGCGUAAAACUAAACAAAGCAAAGAACCGACUAUUGAAGAAGAACAUGUAGAAAGAAAUUCGUGCGUAUCACGAAAUUCCUGUCCGGCUAUGUUGCAAAGUACCGAUUGUACCGAAGAUACAAAUACAACAAUACCGACAAAACCGAGAACAUCUAAAGAGUUAAAGAAAUUAAAUAUCAUCAAAGUUAAAAUAACCAAACCGAAGAAUAAAAUAAAAGAUAAAAAAGACAAAGGUAGUACCAGUAAAAUAGAAAUGAACAGUACGCAGACUAGUUCACAAACGGAUAACAGUAUUGAUCUGAUACAUAAUCACUCUGAAACAUGUCUUCAAGCGCACGAAUGCAUAGAUAAUAGUGUAGAAAUAGUAGAAAAAUCUUCUUCCAUUAUAUCUGUAAACUCUGAAAGGUCCAAUAGUGCAUCCAUUUUCAAUAUAGACGAGUUUUUACUUGAAGAAUUGUACAAUACCAAUGCGAGAGACGGAAUAGAAGAAACUCCAGAAACACAAAUGAACGCGGAAUGUCCAGACUUAUUCUAUACGCCACUUGGUCCACUUUCUUCAGCAAAUAGUCUCAUGACUGAGGACCUCUCCAUCGAUAUACCUGAGAAUACCCCAACUCCAGGCAAAUGGUUCCUGCUUUCAGAAGACGAAACUUCGACUAAUUUCGAUUUAAAUCAGAAUUUAGUAACAAAAGACGUUGGUUACGGCGCGAAUUUAAACGAUCUUUUCCCUGUUACCUGCGCCGUGCCAGAUUUAUCUACUAUAACGGAAAUGUCAAAAGAAAAUGACGCUGAUACCAGGAGCAAUCUAAACGUAUCUUUGCCUAUUUCUUAAUGUUAAAUGAGAAUUAAAUGUGAUAUGGUUAGAGUUUAUUCAAAUUUAAAAAGUUUAUGAUUAUUAUAAAAAUACAGUG